AGCUGCAGACUUAAAGCAGCCCUGCGCGCCCUGAGCUGCGGCCUCCCUGCGCUCUAACCAGUUUAACAGUGUGGGGGGAACCAGUUGAGUAGCUCCCGCAAUACCUGUCCGCUGUGGGGUCAGCGCCUCCCGUCCCAGACUCCCCCUCCACGCUCGGGUGGGGUUUAUCCCCCCGGCUCAGCAGGGGACGGGGGAGGCUUCGCGCCGGGCGGGUCUGGGGGAGGUGGCUCUGGCCUGGCAGGCGCCUGCGCUGUGGCUACCGCUGAGGAAGAUGCCGUCGGUUUCGAAAGCGGCUUCUCGAGGUGGCGGGUGCGGUGGGUCCCCGCAGACCGAGCAGCCGACGCACUAUACGUAUCUAAAGGACUUUAGAACAGAGCAGUGCCCCCUAUUCUUGCAGCACAAGUGUACCCAGCACAGACCAUUUACCUGUUUUCACUGGCAUUUCCUAAAUCAGCGUCGUCGUAGACCCAUUCGAAGGCGUGAUGGGACUUUUAACUACAGUCCAGAUGUUUAUUGUACAAAAUAUGAUGAGACCACAGGAAUCUGUCCAGAUGGAGAUGAUUGUCCUUAUCUGCAUCGAACAACAGGGGAUACAGAAAGAAAAUAUCAUCUCAGAUAUUACAAGACUGGAACAUGUAUUCAUGAAACCGAUGCUCGGGGCCACUGUGUGAAGAAUGGACUCCACUGUGCCUUUGCUCAUGGGCCUCAUGACCUUAGACCACCAGUAUAUGAUAUAAGGGAACUUCAGGCACAGGAAGCCUUACAGAAUGGGCAGCUAGGAGGUGGAGAAAACAUCCCUGACCUACAGCCAGGAAUUUUAGCUAGCCAAGCAAUGAUUGAAAAAAUUCUUAAUGAGGAUCCGAGGUGGCUGGAUACUAAUUUUGUAUUAGCUGGCUACAAGACAGAACAAUGCACCAAACCCCCCAGACUCUGCCGCCAGGGUUAUGCAUGUCCCCAUUAUCACAACAGCCGAGAUAGAAGACGGAAUCCCAGAAAAUUCAAAUACAGGUCUACUCCUUGCCCCAGUGUAAAACAUGCAGAUGAGUGGGGUGAACCUUCCAAGUGUGAAAAUGGGGAUAACUGUCAGUAUUGCCAUUCUCGUACUGAACAGCAGUUCCAUCCUGAGAUUUACAAAUCUACAAAGUGCAAUGAUAUCCGCCAAACAGGUUACUGCCCACGGGGUCCAUUUUGUGCAUUUGCACACGUUGAAAAGGACACCAUGAAUGUAGUCAUACCGCAAACUGGUUGUCAAUCAAAGCCAGGCGCUCAUCUGUUUUCAGCAGACAGCAUAGGAAUUGCAAAUGAAUGGAGCCGCAGUCUUAACUCCACAAACAGCAUUACAGAUAACAAUGGGCAAUCUGGAAAUAUUUCCUGUGCCUCAAGUCCAACAGUAAUGUCAAGCUCUGGUAGCUGUAGCUCAUUAUCGCCUAUUGGACCCCUUUGUAGGCAAAGAUCAUUAGCAAAUGGUGCCUUGUGUUCCGAGUGUAGCCCAUCAGGUGUUUCUUCACCAAAUUCUAGCUACCCAAAAGCACCAGGUUUUGAACGAGAGGAUCAGAUGAAACAGAAAAGCCUGCCAGCCGACAAUUAUCAGAAAAUAAGUGAACAAGACAAUAAGCAGAACCAUCUCAGUGUUUUUUCAGUGGUUAAUCCACUUGCUUCAAGUAUAACCUCCAGUAUAACUUCUAGUCUGGCUUCCAGUAUUGGAUCAGAUAAUUCAUCCCCAACAGCUCUCUCAGCUAUCAGUACUAAAGCUCUCCCAUUCUACCCUGGCAGUAAUACAGUUGAAUCAGUUAUAGGUUCUGCUUUAGAUCUACAUUUUAGUGAUAUAAAUGUUGCAUCCUUAGAUAAAGAAUUAGAAGAUCAAGAAAACAGUGACCUUGGAUUAACAAGUCAAAGGUUACUGGGAAGUUCAGCUCCUGUCAAUAUUCCAGGUUCUGUUGCUCGUUCCUCAUCUUUACAUUCAUCAUCUUCCCUUUCAACCUCUCCACUCAGUUCUCUUUCACAGUCGUUGUCUCAGUCUUUUAUUUCAUCCACUAUGGCUCCUCACCAACAGCAGACUCAGCCUUUGAAAUCAGAACAUAGUAUGUUAGGCACUUCAGCCUCUUCUCAUAACUCUUUAGGUUUAAAUGGUGUUACAGGGAGCAUUUGGGACUUCGUAACUGGGAGUUUCUCUCCUAGUCCAUCCCCAAUAUUGAACAGCAGUACUGUACCCUCAACAAACUCAAACACCAGUGGAAGUGAAUUAGCUCAUGUUAGACAGGAACUUGAUGAUGCCAAUCAAAAAAUAAAACGAUGGGAAGAUUCUUGGCAACAAGUAAAGCAGGCAUGUGAUGCAUGGCAAAAAGAGGCCCAAGAGGCAAAGGAACGUGCUAAAGUGGCAGAUGCUGACAAAAAACUAGCUCUUCGGAAAAAAGAAGACUUAGAAAAUAAAUGUAAAAAGCUGCAGGAACAGUUUGAUAUGUGUCUGUCCACUACAGUUCUCCAUAUGAAAAGCUAUGGCGAUAUAAAAAAGAUACCAUUACCAAAGCUUCAGUCUUUACAAAACCAACUGCGUUUAGAUUUAGAAACAGUAGAUGGGGUAAUUUUCCAACUUCAUUCAAAGAAGUGUGUUGUAUGCCAAGAACAUGACCGUAGUGUAAUCCUGCAGCCAUGUCAGCAUUAUGUACUUUGUGAACACUGUGCAGCUAAACAGGAAUGUCCUUGCUGCAAGACGAAAAAAAGAAAUGGUGAUGAAAAGUCAUGGUACUUAUAAUCAUGUUAAUUAACUAAAUAUAUAUUAUGUUCUGGUAUUUUAGAUAAGAAUUAUAUCUGUAGUAAUUAAUCCAUUUACUAGUGCUAGACUGAUCUCCAUUUUGACCUUAUAAGAUAUUUUAGUUAUUUUUACUAUAGGAAAUGUGGUUUGGCUGCCUUUAUGUAUUGAAUUCUAUUAAUUAAGUUCUAAAGUUCCAUGGUUAUUUCUUUCCCCACCUGCCCUUUUCAGUUUUCCACUUACAUUCCCGGUGCACAAGCUACUCAGGUUCACUUACAGCAUAAUCACUUCUUACAGGUGUGUACUCACAAUGCAUGAAUUGGGGAAUUUAUGUCCGUGCCUUCCAUUAGCAUUAAUGUAAGACACUCAUGUAAAUACAAUACUUCUUGAUGGGAGGACCUUACCCCUCACCAUGUUUAUGGUGUGCUGUAAUCCUUUGCCAGUAUUUCUGAAUCAGUCUAACACUACUGUUUACUUGAUUAUUUGAAGAAAUUUGAUUCCUGUAAAAGCACUUUGCUAACUGUUUUUUGUUAGAGAUUGUUAUAAAUUGGUUUAACCUGCUUUCUAGGUUUUAAUGUUUAUUUUUUUAAUAUGCGGUAUGAAGCUUUGCGUGUGUACUGUGAACUUAAAAUAUUUAUAUCAGAUUUACUGUUAAAUCAUAUUAUGAUAGUAUAGUAUAGUUAAAUUUCAUUUUUUGGUUUUAGUAGUUACUAAAUGAACAGUUACAUAUAAAUGAGAACUUGCCUAGAAUUUUUACAGUUUAAGUCAACUGCAAACUAAUAGUAUUUAUAAGUAUACUAGCAGAGAGUGACAUUGAAAGAGACACAUGCGUAAAUAUUCAAAUACUUUUUUUAUUUUGUGAAACAAACCAGUUUUCUUAAACCACUGUGCAUUUGCAUAUUGCCCCAAGUUGGAUUUUUGUAGUCUUAAUGAAAGCAUUUGUAUAACUCCUAAUCUGUGUGAUUACAUAUCAUGAAUUGAUAUAAUCCAUAGCCACUUUUACCAAGUGCCUGUGCCUUUCACCCAAUAAAAUUGCAAAAUAUGUGAAGGAAACAGUUUGCAAACAAUUUAUACCACCUAAUUCUGUACAGGACAAUUGAUGAUAAUUAAAAUUCUCAACUUUCUGUAAUACAAUUUCAAAAUAAUACCUUGCAAUGGACGAAAGAUACUAGGUUUUGUUUUUACAUAAAUAAAUACAAUACACCUUUGGGUUUAGCGCUAAAAUUAUUUAAAUAUUUUUUCAGACAAUGGUGCUUUGUUGUAAUGAUUUUUUUAAAAAGCUGUUGUCCAUAUUUAAUGCUGAUGAUUAAUGCAGUUUAGGAGAAGUUGAUUAUUGUAUCUUAACACUAUCUUGUUACUUUCCUUAAAGUUAACUAUUCUUGUAGGGAAGAGUUACCUGUGGUGUUACUUUUCUUUCCCGUUAAAUACAGGUAUGACACAAGUACAGCUUACAUUCAAAUGACCUACCACUGUGUUACAUAAUGUGUAUAUUCCUAUUAAUUAAUACAUUAAUGAACAAGAAGUGCAUUCAUAUGACCAGCAAAGAGUUUAAUUAUUUCUGAAGUUUGUUCAGAUGCAUUGCAAUAGAAACAAGAUAUAUGCUAAUUUGUAUUUAUGAUCUUGAAAAAUAUCUUUGAGCUUUGUAUCAGUGUUUAAAGAAUUCAGAGCCCAAUCCAAAACCCCCUAAAGUCAAUGUGCUUUCAUUGAUUUAUACAGACUUUGAACUAGGCCUUGAGUUAGCAGAAACAAGCACAUAAGAUUACAUUUAUUGUAAAAAUAAAAUCUACAGAAUCAUCAUUACCUUGUUCUAUCAAACUGUGAGAACAUGGAGAUCUUUUGAGAAUGAGGGAGGGAAGAUAAAACCCAUGAUGGAUUUACAUUUGGAACAGGAGCUCUUAAAAGUAAUUUACAAACACAAUAGUCUGAAGAUAAUUGUAGAACAUUUUAAAACAGGUUUUAAGGUUGAGUUUCAUAAUAUGGCCUGAUGCAUUUUUCACAUAAUUUUUAAUGUUUUCUCUCAACAUUGCUGAAAAUGAAAUAAGUAAUAAAGUAUUUCAAUAUACAAUAUAUUUGUCUCCUGAAAGAUGAUUCUGUUAUCAUAGAAGUAGAACCAGUUUACAUUUUUUUUUUAGUGGCACUUUGAAUCACUAUGCUUUGCUGUGAGUAUUAAUGGACUUCUACACUUGUGGAGUCUUUGCCAAAGAGUUUUUUUGAACAUUAACAACGUUUUGGACUAAAAGUGAGUAGGUAAGAAUUUUUAUCAGUGACCAAAUUAGAAAGUGGUGUACUAUAGGAAUAAAUUAUUUUAAAUGUUUUAAAGAAUGCAAUUGAUAUCAGACAGUGGUUUAUUACAUCCAUUAUAGAAUGUGGAACAACAUUCUCUAGCUCUUUGCUAACAUAGUUAACUAACAUUCUUAGCAGAUUUUAGUGAAAUAAAUCCAAAUUAGAUUGAAAUGUGGCCAUAUGUGUCAAUGUUCAGUUCAUUACUUAAGAAAUUUUGAAAUAUUUUUGUACUACUUAAGGAAGGGGGGAGUGGGGAGUUGUAGUUAUGUUCCUGAAAAAUGCAACUUUAAGUGAAACAAUGUUAAACGAAUCCAAUUUUCC